AUGUUCUCGAUGUCGAUGCCUGGAAUGGCUGGGGCAGAGCAAGGCUUGUCUCACAUGCAGCAGGUCAUCUAUUGGGUUCCCAAGAGCUCAGUUUCUGGCAAUGCGACAUGGUCGCCACAGAUCCUUCCUGGUCCUUUCCACACAGAGACCCCGCAGAUGGAGAUGCCCACGGUAGGGCCUACAGUAGGGCCUACAGUGUCGGCAGUGGCAGCGCAAGAUGCUCAAAGGUCUGAGGUGCUGCUGCAGACUCCGGUCGAAGCCAGCUGCACUUUGGUGACUCCUUGCAGCACGGAAGCCCCAGAUGACGACCUGGCAUCCGCACCUCGCAUGAGCUCCAGUGCUGCAAGACGCCUUCGCCGCAAGCGUGCGCUGGAGAGAUCCAGAGGGGUGCAUGAGCACGGUCAUGUUAGACAAGAUGGAGCGGUAGAACGAUCGGAGAGAAGUUCAUGCGACCUCACCAUCGAUGAACUUCGAGUUGAACUGCGCCGAAACACUGCACGUGGCAUGCAGCGUUUGCGUGGACAGGUGUGGCGCCUGUCACGCGAUGCAGCUGGCUGUCGACUGGUGCAAGAAGCACUUGAGUUGGGCGGUCGAGAAGCUGUAGAUUUGGCGCAUGAGCUGCAGGGCCAUGUCCUAGAAGCGGUGACCUGUCCACAUGCAAACUACGUGGUGCAAAAAGUUGUGUCACAUUUGUCGGUGGCUGCCAGCAGCUUCGUUGUCAGAGAGCUCCAAGGAAACGCAGUGCGUGUAGCCAAGCAUCGCUUUGCUUGUCGCAUUUUUUGCCGCCUUUUGGAAUUCUCUGGCACCAGUGCGACUUCACAACUGGUUGAUGAACUACUAGAGACUGGAGAGAACCUUUGCACACACAGCUUUGCGCACCAC